AUGAAUGCCAAGAGCCCGGGUGACAACACAGUCAACAACGGGGGCGAAGAGCUGUCUGGGUGUCUUCAGAGGUCCAAACCCAGCAGUCAACCACCAGAAUGCAAACCCAAACUGCCAAUCACUGCUGCUACCUCAAGGCAAACUCCACCAUCAGCACACACGGAGGAAGAGCACAAGGAGUCAUUGAAAGUGCUGCAGGUGGCCAAAGAAUUGCCAAAUGAGAAUAUUUUGGCAGGUGGGGAGAAGCAGCCGCCACCAAGGGAGGAUGUGUUUCCAACAUCACAGAUCACCAAGUGGAACUCUCCAGAGUUACAGAAAUCUGACCCGCAAACAGCUCAGCAGCAACAAACUAAAGGUGGAGUGAAAGAAGGCAACAACACCAAGAAAGAUGGCACAAGAUCUUAUCCAAAGGAGGAAGCAAGAAAUGAUGUGCUGAAAGAAAUGCCUACCCAAAACUCUGCACCAGUGGAGAAGGGGGCGUUACCUCCAUUUGCAAAUGUACACAUGGCUGUUUGUGUCCACCCGGCCCAGAAGAAUCAGGAAGUGCCAUUACAAACACAAAGACAGACCACAAAGAUGGAUUUACUGGCUGAUCUAUCCUUAGAAAAAGCAGAUAAUCCUAAAAGAGCUCUGCUGAGUCCUGCUCAGUCAAACAAAGAAGAUAUUGGACCAGCAGUCAAUAAAGUCAAAUUAACAAAAACUGUUACUCUACAAAAGGAAGUCAUGAUAGCAGGGGAGAGCAAACAGGAGCUGUCCACAUAGUCAAUCAUGACAGACCAGAACUCAAAUAAAGCCAAAGUCAUCAUUUCUCAGAAAGAAAUCGUGGUUUCACAGGACUGUUCGACCAGGUCACAGAAGGAUCAGUCAGGGAGUUUGGAUCAGGACUGUUUAGUUUCUAACACAGCCAGAAAACAUAACCAAAGCCUGGUGGAUAACCACAGUAGAAAUCAAAUCAGCCAAGAGGGGGGAGUGCAUGAAUCUAGUGACUGUUCUCAAUACACAGAUGUAGGAGGAAACCUGGGGCCUCCACCUCCAACUGAUAAAAUCACACUUCAAAUCCCAAAGACUAGAGUCAAUACACCCUUCCAAGACCAACGCCUGGCACACAUUUUUGAAAAUGAGAAAGAUCUUGAUGGAAUGUGCCAACCAACACUAGAAGAACAUAAGGAGCAGGACAAAGAUUAUCACUGUGGUAAAACAGAUUUGGACUUUUGUCUCAAAGGUAUUGUGAUAAAUGAUGAGGAGACUCAACAUCCACACCAAAACAAACCAAUAGUUGAUGGUUCAUUUCAUCACAGUGAAAAUAAAGAUGCAUUAGACCCAUCUAAAAACAAAGAAACCAAAAAGAAAUUCAAAUUCAAGAUCCCCCAAGAAAAAAUUGCUGCAUUCAGUCAGGCCAUUCAACCAACAACAAGUAAAAGCAGAAAGAAGACACUGGAGGUUGUGGUCUAUGAUGAAGAAGAGGAGUUAACGUCAGACAGCAGGCAGGUGAAGCACGUGAAGAAGCAGACCAAAGAGUCCAAGAGGUUUGAGAUCAGCAACAAAAAAACAAGUGGAGCCGAGUGAUGACGGAUGAUGAUGAAAAUUGUUUGAUAAAAUUGAU